ACUCAAAAACUUGUUAUUGUAGAAAACACACUUUUCUUUUCUUGCUAUCCUAACAAAAUCUAUGGCAUCGCCAACACUCAUAACCCCUACCUCCAAACCCGCUCCCCUCUCCGCCGCCCGAUCCAAGACCUUCAUCGCCGCCGCCAGCACCUCUCUACCACAGCCACAACCACAGCAGCAGCCGCAGCCUCUCCGCCGCAACUUUCUGUCGUUGGCCAGUAGUAUCCUAAUUCCAGCAUGGAUAGCCCCAGCGGUUCCAGCAGCAUUUGCUGCAGAAGAUGAGGAGUAUGUGAAGGAGACGUCAGAAGUAAUAAAUAAGGUGCGGAACACGAUUAAGAUGGAGAAGAGCGAUCCGAAUGUAGCGAGCGCGGUUGCGGAGCUACGAGAGACUUCGAAUUAUUGGGUGGCUAAGUAUAGAAAAGAGAAAGCUCUGCUGGGGCGAGCUUCGUUUCGCGACAUGUAUUCCGCGCUCAAUGCUGUUUCGGGGCAUUAUAUAAGCUUCGGACCUACUGCUUCCAUUCCUGCUAAGAGGAAGGCCAGGAUUCUUGAAGAGAUGGACAGUGCUGAGAAGGCUUUGUUGAGAGGCAGAUAGAUAAUUUAUCAUUUGUGUUACUUUUUUUUAAUUGACAAUAUGUGAACUUUAUUUCUUGAGGCUUAAGUAUGAGGCAAUCAAUUUCUCAUA